GGAAACUCCUAACGCCGCACCCCACGGAUUUCUAAUCAAGUAUUGAGAGAGGGCCUAUAUAUGUGGCUUCCGCUCUCUCUGAAUAUUGGGGACGCACUGGCUCAAACCGCUCCUGCAUGCGUCACGUUACUGAACAAUACUUACUUAAAUUAGAACAAAAUAAACGACAAUGCCGACACAACCUAUCCUGGUUCUCGGGGCCGGCGAGUUAGGUACAGCAGUGAUCAAGGCGCUGACCUCCCAUCCGAAUUGUCAGUCCCACAGUAACAAUGUUACCGUCCUCCUCCGCCCCACCACAUUGACUUCCACCGACCCUACCAAGCAGAAGGAGACGUCCUAUCUCUCCUCCCUGGGAGUCUCAUUCGAGGCCGGUGACAUAGGAUCCAGUUCCGUCUCCGAACUCGCAGUCAUAUUCAAGAAAUACCACACCAUUAUCUCCUGCGCAGGAAUGUACCUACCCUCAGGCACGCAGACUAAACUGACCCGCGCCGUGCUCGAAGCCGGGGUGGCCCGAUAUUUCCCCUGGCAGUACGGUAUCGACUACGACGUCGUCGGCGCAGGCAGCGCGCAGGACUUGUUCGACGAGCAGCUCGAGGUCCGCUCGCUGCUCCGGUCCCAAAGCGCGGUGGACUGGGUCGUCGUCAGCACGGGGCUGUUCAUGUCGUUCCUGUUUGUGCCCGGGUUCGGGCCUGUCGACCUCGGGAACCGGGUCCUGAGGGCGCUGGGGAGCUGGGACACGGCCGUGAGUGUCACGACGCCUGGGGACAUCGGCCGCGUGGUGGCGGAUAUUGUGUACGACCCCAGGGGUGUUGGGAGACAGGUCGUGUUCGUCGCGGGUGACACGGUCACGUAUGGCAUGGCGGCGGAGCUGGUUGAGAAAAGAUUCGGCGGGGAGUGGAAGAAGGAGGUGUGGGACAGGCCGUUUCUGAGGAGGAGACUCGAGGAAGAGCCCGGUGAUGGGAUGUUGAAGUAUCAGAACGUGUUUGCGGCGGGAAAUGGUGUCUCGUGGAAACGAGAGGAAACUCUGAAUCAUCAGAGAGGAAUCAAGAUGGAAGAUCUCGAGACAUAUCUUAAACAUAUGGCCAUCUAGAUUUUAAAGGAGGCUUUUCGGUAUGUUCUAUAUAAAGGCUUUUCAUCGUUCUCCCACUUCUCUCAGGUCAAGAUAUCAAAUGUGAGAUGCUGUAUCCUGUAUAACUUUGCGCUCAUCUGUAUUGUCGAG